AUGUUAAAUAACCCAGGAAAGCCAAUAACAAUAUACGAUAUUGCUGAAAUAGUUGGUGAAGCGUAUCCACUUGCUUUUACUCCAAGAAAUAUUAGUAAAAGUUUUGAAGUCACGGGCAUAUACCCGUUCAAUAGGGAUAUAUUCAGCGAAGAGGAUUUCCUAUGCUCAUAUGUAACUGAUCGUCCGGAGCCUACGUCUGCAGUUUCUGAAAGUUCAACGCAAAAUAUAUUUCAGUCUGAAGAAUCAGGAACCAACCCGAAUAGUGACAGCGAAACCCAACGAAAGCCUAAUGAAGAUCAAGUGGAGCCUGUUGCUGGGUCUACUGUAUUUCGACAAAUAAAUCAUGGUCAUGGUGCUAUAGGAAUUCAGCCAAAUAGGUCUGGUGGUCAAUCUGAAAUGUCAGUAUUUGAUGAAUUCGCUGAUGUUGCUGGACCAAAUAAAGAAAAUGCAGAAAUCACUCCUCGCAAACAGCUUAUUUCACAAGUAACUCCUGAAUCAAUCCGCCCAUUUUCAAAAGCAGCCCCUCGAAAAACAAACCAAAGGGGAAGGAAACCUGGUAAAAGCAGAAUAUUAACUGACACACCCGAAAAAAAUUAA